AAAGAUACAAAUAAAAUAUCUUCGACGCCUUUAACUGAUAAUAAUGAUGACGAUGAUGAUGAUGAAGAUAAUACUUUACCAACAAUUGUACCUUUAAAUAAUUCAUGGUUUAAUACGACAAAUGAUUCAAAUAGUUCGACUAGUCCAAUUAGUUUAGCAACAUCAUCAACAAAUAUUAUCUCUUUAAUCGACGAACAAAAGCCUACUCUUUCGAUAUCUACAUUUAGUUCAAGUAGUAAAAAACGAAAAUCUAUUCCACAAAAAAUUAUUACUACGAAAAAAGUACAUAAUGAAUCAAUAACUGAGAAUGAUAAUUAUAAUGACACAAAACUAUCAAAUCAAACAACGAAUGAAUCAACAAAUUCUGUUGAUACUAAUACUUAA